ACCGCAUAGCAACAAUGUAAACAACUGUCCAUGGGAAAAAUUGAGCGCAGCUGGAGGAAAUCUGUGUUAGAGCAAUUAUUUGCAAAAACGAAGUCGUUUGUACCGACUUUAUCAUCCAAAAUGGGGCAGGAUUACUAUGGUAUUCUGGGACUCACUAGAUCAGUAAUAGAUGCGGAUAUUAAGAAAGCCUACCGGAAGUUGUCCUUGAAGUAUCAUCCAGAUAAGAACCAAGAAACAGGUGCUCCAGAGAAGUUCAAGCAGGUCUCCGAGGCCUACGAUGUACUGUGCGAUCCUCGCAAAAAGGCCGUCUAUGACCAGUUUGGAGAGGAAGGGUUGAAGAAUGGUGUACCUGAGGGAAAGAUGGAGAGUGGAGCAUGGACCCACGGCUAUACCUUCCAUGGUGAUGCUCACAAAGUCUUCAGGGAGUUCUUUGGUGGAGAUAACCCAUUCAGUGAGUUCUUUGAUGACAUUGACGGUGAUCUGAGCAUGGGUUUUGGUGGUCUGCGAGGCAGAGGACGGAAGAAGCAGGACGCAUCCAUUGAAAGAGACCUGACGCUAUCAUUGGAGGAGAUCUUCCACGGAUGCACCAAGAAGAUGAAGAUUUCAAGAAGGGUGAUGAAUGAAGAUGGCCAUACUUCCAGCAUCCGAGACAAGAUCCUGACCAUCACAGUCAAGCGCGGCUGGCGAGAGGGCACUCGCAUCACUUUCCCCAAGGAAGGCGAUCAAGGACCCAAUAACGUGCCGGCUGACAUCGUUUUCAUCGUCCGUGACAAGCCACACCCUCGGUUUAAGCGAGACAGUAAUGAUCUCAUCUUUACAGCCAGAGUGCUGCUUGGUAAAGCCCUGACUGGAUGCAGUGUGGAGGUGCCUACCUUGGACGGACGGCUCCUGAAUGUUCCCAUCAAUGACAUCAUCAGGCCAGGCUACGAAAAGGUCGUCCCCGGAGAAGGCAUGCCACUAUCAAGAGCCCCAGAGGAAAAAGGCAACCUGAUCAUCCGCUUUGACAUUGAAUUCCCUAAACAGCUGACAUCGGAGAAGAAACGCCUUCUCAAGGAAGCUUUGCUUUAAACUGGAGUGGGCACUGGCUUGUCCAUGCUGUUACUGCAAAAGAACUGUUCUUGAAAUAUUCAGCGAAGAUGGUUGUAACCAAUUGGUGACUCUCAUGGGGUAUCACGGUUACCAGGCAAGCCCCAUACUUCAUUACUGGUAUGGACAGAGUACAAGCAGAAACAUUGCUUCCCUGUCAUAAAUUAAAAUCAAAGCAAUAUUGUCUUCACUAUGCAAGUUUCAGAUCCUUUUUUUCAAAUGCUUCACAAAGGUAGGCAUAAGACAUACGUACUAAACUGACUGUUAGCAUGUAAAGUACUGUGGUAGGUCCAGCCAAGACUCACAGGUUUGUAUUCCAGGGUAAAGAGAUUUAAGACAGCAAAAAUGAGUCAAAUUAAUGGCCAGCUCUUGAAUUCUGAUGUUAAAACAGCUUCCUACCAGUGUUUCAUUAAGCAAACCUUGCACUCAGUUCCUAAGAAUACCACACUCUUCCAAUAAAUCUUGUCCCAAAUGUACUCCUCACAAUUUGCAAGGGUGUUAGAUGCUAACUCACUGUACAUGUACAUAGGUAUGUACAUGUACAUUCAUGGGUAUACAUAAAACGUAAUGAAAGAUAAUAGUUUGUUUUUCCUGAAAAAGAAUUUCAGGAAAUUUAAACUAUUAACCAAACUGUACCGUAACCUUCAAGACAACAAUCAUCCGUCCUUUCUUAAAACAACUUGAUUUUAAUGUAUAUAUUGUAUGUAAAAAGAUUUUUCUUUUGUUGGAAUAAAGUCACUUCUAGACCUUACAAAAUUUGGCACAUGGAAUUUUCUUUUUAGUCGUGUUAUUACCAAUUAAAAAGCUAAGAAUUUCACUAAAGCAUUUAAAAUACACAAGCAAGCCUAUAUGAGCUUUAAGUAAAUGCUGUUUUAAUUCUCGUCAAUGUCUUGUACUAUUUUGGAUAAAAAUUACAAAAAUAUUUGAUAUAAAUUUUCACAACUUUAUAUGAUUUGUACUUAAAAAUCCAAAAACAACUUUCCAGAAGAUUUGACUCAAAUCAACAGCUGUAUAAAUUUAUGAAUAUAUUCACUUUCUUGAGUAUAUGUACAAUUCAAUAAACGACAUAUUUCACUGAUAUCUACAAGCUUGAAA